AUGGCAACUCCAAUGCCAACUACUGGGAAACUCCAAUCAAAUACGCGAGAAAAAUCUAUUGAUCAAGAACUAUACAGAUGCAUGAUAGGAAGCUUGCUAUACUUAACUGCAACAAGACCAGACAUUGCUUUUAGUGUGGGAUGUUGUGCCAGAUUUCAAGCAGAUCUUAAAGAGUCGCAUCGUAAAGUUGUAAAAAGAAUCAUAAGAUACAUUAAUGGUACCCUAGAUUAUGGUUUAUCAUACUCCAUGGAUACAAAGAACAGUCUUGUUGCCUACUCAGAUGCUGAUUGGGCAGGGUGUGUAGAAGAUCGGAAAAGCACCUAUGGUGGUUGCUUCUAUUCUACUGGCCAAGUUAGCACAAGUAUCUGGGUUGAGAUUAUUGCUAAAGUAGACAGAAGACUUCUGAAAAUUAAGAGUUUGACCAGAAAGAUUAUCAAACUUCUGAAGGAUGCUUAG